CUGGAACUUGAAGGAUGAAGAAGUCUUGAGGAGGCAGAUGAGAAAUGAUUAUGAUGGAAGAUUUGUUCAAUAUCAUUCCAAAUCAGACCUCGUUGCCACUCCUAUAUAACUCCUUCAUCCUUUGUUUGUUCCUGAUUGCUUUGCGCAUGCUACUCCGGCAGUUUUCCCGUCUUUAUCGACCCUCUCCAUCGCCCGCUCGCAUGAGACUUGCUCAGAUGUCUUCCCAUAUCUCCAAUGGCCACUCGAAUGGCCUCACCAGUGGCCCUCGAACCGAAGUACAAAAUGAUGCCACUUCUACUCUAGCAGACAUCCCAAAGUCGAACAACUUUACCUCCAAGCUGCCUCCAGACCCUCAGUUUCCCACUCCCAUCGACUCACAUAAAGCGCCUCGGCAAAAGCUGGGCCCUCGUAUGGUCCGAGGUGCAUUGUAUACAUAUGUUCGACCCGAGCCCACAGAAGACCCCGAGCUCUUAGCCAUCAGCAAAGCAGCUCUGCGCGAUAUUGGGCUUGCCGAUAGUGAGGCCAACUCACAAGAACUUAAAGAGGUCGUAGCGGGCAAUAAGUUCUACUGGGAUGAAGAAAAUGGUGGGAUCUAUCCUUGGGCGCAAUGCUAUGGUGGUUUCCAAUUUGGCCAAUGGGCGGGCCAAUUGGGUGAUGGACGAGCAAUCUCUCUGUUCGAGUCGAUCAACCCGCAGACCAAGGUCCGCUACGAACUCCAGUUGAAGGGCGCAGGCAAGACACCAUAUUCGCGCUUUGCUGAUGGUAAAGCUGUCCUGCGAUCCAGCAUCAGAGAGUUCAUUGUGUCGGAGUAUUUGAACUCAAUUGGUAUCCCCACCACACGAGCCUUGUCGCUUACGCUGUGUCCGAAAUCCACCGUGGUUCGAGAACAGCUUGAGCCAGGCGCUAUUGUAUGUCGUUUCGCUCAAUCGUGGUUGCGACUGGGGACUUUUGACCUCCUGAGAUCCAGAGGGGACCGCGACUUGAUUCGAAAAGUCGCCACCUACGUCGCUGAAGAUGUCUUUGGUGGGUGGGAGUCACUGCCUGCAGUCCUGCCCGCCGACACGAAAGACGCACACCUUGACCCAGGCAGAGGCGUGCCAAAGGACGAGCUCCAGGGUAAGGAAGGUGCCGAGGAGAACCGUUUCACCAGGCUAUACCGCGAAAUCGUACGUCGCAACGCCAAGGUCGUCGGCAUGUGGCAAGCAUACGGCUUCAUGAAUGGCGUCCUCAACACCGACAACACCUCGAUCUAUGGUCUGUCAAUGGAUUAUGGUCCUUUUGCCUUUAUGGACAACUUUGACCCUGCAUAUACUCCCAACCACGACGAUCACAUGCUUCGAUACAGUUACCGGGCUCAACCUAGUAUUAUCUGGUGGAACCUUGUCCGCCUGGGCGAGUCUCUAGGUGAACUAAUAGGCGCUGGUGAUCGUGUCGACGAUCAAGUAUUUGUGGAAAAGGGCGUCGAGGAAGACUUUGCUCCGGUACUGAUCAAGCGUGCUGAGACCAUCAUUGACCAGAUCGGCGAUGAAUACAAAGCGGUGUUCCUCAGCGAGUACCGUCGCCUGAUGACUUUGCGCCUGGGCCUGAAGAGUCAAAAGGACGGUGACUUCGAAACCUUGUUUUCCGAGCUCCUUGACACUAUGGAAGCACUCGAACUCGACUUCAACCACUUCUUCCGCCGGCUGUCCACUGUGAAAUUGGACGACAUUAACACCCAGGAGAAACGAGAACAGACGGCCGAACGGUUUUUCCAUCAUGAAGGAGUCACGGGCUUGAACGAGACCAACGACUCUGGACGCGAGAAGGUCGGGAAGUGGCUUGAUUCCUGGCGUGAACGUAUCGAGGAAGACUGGGGCAGCGAGUCAUCUGCCGACGAAGAGAGGGAGAAGGCCAUGAAAGCAGUCAACCCCAACUUCGUACCCAGAGGAUGGUUGCUCGACGACAUCAUUAACCGCGUUCAGACCAAGAAGGAACGAGACAUCCUCAAGGGAGUGAUGGAGAUGACCAUGAACCCGUUCCAAGAUGAGUGGCAAUGGAACGAGGAGAUUGAAAAGAAGUAUUGCGGUGAUGUUCCACGAUUCCAACGAGCAAUUCAAUGCAGUUGCUCUUCAUAAGAGACAUGCAGAGGAAAAGACUGUAGAUAAUGCAAUGAGACAUUCAUAUUGAUCAGAUUGUCGCAUCAUGGCUAUGGUAUGGAUGAG